CGCCUUCCCCAUGUCCUCGCCCAGUGUAAAUCAUAUACCAAACCAGGGGCGGCUAGCCUCCUCAUAUUCCCCAUCCACUUUGCAAAUAUCCCAUCCAAACCCCCCUCAUCAAUGGCAGCCUCAGUUGAUAACAGGCAAUUCACCAACCACUCACCAAUCCGGGGCUGCAGUUUCCCAGCUCUAAUCCCACACCUCUCCAAUCAUUACUCCACCAGUGACUACUACUCCGAUUCUGAUUCUGAUUCUGAUUCUGAUGCCGAGACUAACUUAAAAUCACUACUCCUCGAUGUCGAACCAUCGAUACGAGACCCCAGAGACGAGGGCACUGCUGAUCAAUGGAUUCAACGAAACGCGUCACUCAUCCGUCUCACGGGUAAGCACCCAUUCAACUCCGAACCACCACUCGCACGUCUCAUGCACUAUGGCUUCAUUACUCCAGUCCCACUUCACUAUGUUCGAAACCAUGGUGCUGUGCCCAAAGCUGACUGGAAGUCAUGGACGGUUGAAGUCUGUGGGCUUGUUAAACGCCCGGCGCGCAUCACUAUGGAUGAGCUUGUCCGGGAAUUCAAGCCUAUGGAGAUUCCUGUCACGCUCGCUUGCGCCGGCAACCGACGCAAAGAGCAGAACAUGGUGCGCCAGACUGUGGGUUUCAACUGGGGCCCCGCCGCUAUCUCGAACUCGGUGUGGCGUGGCGCUCGCCUGUGCGACGUGCUGCGCCGGUGCGGAGUCAUGGGGCGCAAGAACGAGGCGCUCAAUGUUUGUUUUGAGGGCGCUGAGAACCUGCCUGGUGGAGGUGGUUCUAAGUAUGGGACUAGCAUUAGAAGGGAAGUGGCCAUGGACCCUUCCAGAGAUAUAAUGCUUGCUUACAUGCAAAACGGGGAGCUUUUGUCCCCUGACCAUGGCUUUCCAGUUAGAAUUAUUAUUCCAGGUUGUAUUGGUGGCCGCAUGGUGAAGUGGCUCAAGAGGAUUGUGGUUACUACUAAGGAGUCUGAGAGCUACUAUCAUUAUCAUGACAACAGGGUCCUUCCUUCUCAUGUUGAUGCUGAGCUUGCCAACGCUGAAGCAUGGUGGUAUAAGCCGGAGUAUAUCAUCAAUGAAUUGAACAUAAACUCGGUGAUCACGACACCAGGGCAUGAUGAGAUCCUUCCCAUCAACUCUUUUACCACGCAGAGGGGUUAUACGAUGAAAGGCUAUGCUUAUUCUGGUGGAGGGAAGAAGGUGACCAGAGUGGAGAUAACAUUGGAUAGUGGGGAGACAUGGCUAGUCUGCACUGUUGACCACCCUGAGAAACCGAACAAGUAUGGUAGAUACUGGUGCUGGUGCUUCUGGUCUGUGGAAGUGGAGGUCUUGGAUUUACUGGGUGCCAAAGAAAUAGCUGUCCGAGCUUGGGAUGAAACUCUCAACACACAACCUGAGAAACUUAUCUGGAACGUCAUGGGCAUGAUGAAUAACUGCUGGUUCAAAGUGAAAGUGAACGUGUGCAGGCCACACAAGGGUGAGAUAGGGUUAGUAUUUGAGCACCCAACUCAACCUGGAAACCAAACUGGUGGAUGGAUGGCAAGACAAAAACAACUGGAAUCAUCAGAGGGUGUUCAGCCCCUUAAAAAGAGCGUCUCAUCUCCAUUCAUGAACACUUCAGCCAAAGAAUUCACAAUGUCAGAUGUCCGCAAGCACUCGUCCAAAGACUCUGCUUGGAUUGUAGUCCAUGGUCAUGUCUAUGAUUGCACUGCUUUCCUCAAAGACCAUCCCGGAGGAGAAGACAGCAUCCUGAUCAACGCUGGCACUGAUUGCACUGAAGAGUUCGAAGCUAUCCACUCUGAUAAAGCUAAGUCAAUGCUUGACACGUACCGUAUUGGUGAGCUUGUCACAGGCUACAUCUCGGAUACUUCAGUUCAUGGUGCAACAAAUCUAUCACACCUUGCACCAAUACGUGAAGCAUCAAGAGCUCCGAGUGUGGCACUUAGUAAUCCCCGGGAUAAAGUCCCUUGCCGUCUUGUUUCCAAGACUUCCAUCUCUCGUGAUGUUCGGUUGUUUCGCUUCAAUUUCCCGUCUUCUGAUCAAGUUCUUGGCUUACCAGUUGGAAAACAUAUAUUCGUUUGUGCUAAUAUUGAUGGUAAGUUAUGCAUGAGAGCUUACACUCCAACCAGUACUGUUGACGAGGUCGGUUACUUUGAAUUGCUCAUCAAGAUUUACUACAAAGGUGAGCAUCCAAAGUUUCCCAAUGGUGGACUCAUGUCACAGUACCUCGACUCACUGCCCAUUGGCUCUAGUAUUGAAAUCAAAGGACCGGUUGGACAUAUUGAAUACACCGGCAGGGGAAACUUUGUCGUUAAUGGUAAACAAAAGUUUGCGAGACGACUAGCGAUGAUCGCUGGUGGCACUGGGAUUACUCCAAUGUACCAGGUGAUCCAGGCUGUGUUACAAGAUAAGCAAGAUGAUCGCACUGAGAUGCACCUUGUCUAUGCCAACAGGACUGAGGAUGAUAUACUGUUGAGAGAAGAGCUUGAUCGGUGGGCAAGAGAGUAUCCGGAGCAGUUCAAAGUGUGGUAUGUGGUGGAGGCAGCUAAAGCGAAGGAGGAGUGGAAAUACAGUCUGGGUUUUGUGACUGAGAAUAUACUGAGAGAACAUGUCCCUGCAGGGGACUCUGGAGAUAGUCUUGCUCUUGCAUGUGGACCUCCUCCUAUGAUUCAGUUUGCAGUGUUGCCAAACUUGGAGAAGCUCAAGUAUGACACCAGUGAAUCACUGCUCAUCUUUUAAGUUUAUUUAUUUUAAUUAUCUUAUAUUUUUAGGCCUUCAUUGGUUGUUCAUACAAUGUAUAUAUAUGUAUGUUGUUAUGCUGUUGUGAAGAAUGAGAGCACAAGUAAUCAGUGCUAAGUUCUUGUUUUCUGAAAUGAAAUGCAUUUUAUUGCAAAUUAUA